AAUCUGCCACGUGUCCUCAACCGCAUCCCCUUCAACCUUUUUCUCCCCAAAAAACCCUUUUUCUCUGCUCUCAGCUAGAGCUACAACUCAGUUCUCUCUUUCUUCUCUUCAAAAACCUCUUUUUACGAAGAAGAAAAGCUUCGGAGAGUACCAAUGGCGUUUGUAAUGAAGCCUUCUUCAAGGUACAGUUCGUACGAUUCACGCUCCUCAACUUCGUCUCACUUCUCAGAUCCGUCUUCAUCGACGGAGUUCAUCAAGCGCAAGUCCCCUUUACCCGCACAGAACUCAUCCUCCUCCCGCGCUCUCGUCAAAUCCAAGCCCUCUGAUGUAUCCAAGCCAAAAUCCAAGCCGUCUGAUCCGAACUUCACCACCAUGGUCAAGAAGUUUAUGGAGAAGCGUUCCAAUUCGUCUUUGUCGAAAACGAAGGUGGAUAAUCGUGUGGGUUUGGUCAUUCCUUCAGAUUUAAUCGCUGAAGAUUUGAAGAAGACGGCGAGGAAGGGAUCGAAUUUCGGAACUCUGCACAAGAAAUUGUUUGGGAAAGGAACGUCGUCAGAGAAGAAGAAGGAGGUGAAGGCGUUGACGGAAGUGAAAGGGAACACGAGGACGCUGGCUAUGGUUUUGAGGAGUGAGAGGGAGCUUUUAAGCUUGAGUAAGGAGCAGGAAAUGGAGAUUUCCGAGCUUAAGUUGGUGCUUGAAAAAAAGAAUACAGAAGUUGAGAAACUGAAGGACUUGUGUUUAAAACAAAGGGAAGAAAUCAAAUCAUUGAAAAAUGCAAUACUGUUCCCAGAUGUCAUUAAUUCACAACUUCAAGACAUUUUAGAGAAACAGGGUUCAGAGCUGAAGCAAGCGAAACAUUUAAUCCCAACACUUCAAAGGCAAGUGACUUCUCUCACAGGCCAGCUCCAAUGCAUAGCUGAUGAUCUUGCCGAGGUGAAGGCUGAUAAAUAUUCAGGGAGAGCUGGUUUUCAACAUCACAGCAGCUCCCCCAGAACACCAACAUUUAAUCACGAAGAUGCUUCUAAUUCUUUGGAAUUCAGCUCUGAUGAUCCAGCUAGUCCCUGUAGUCCGGAUGACAUGUUGCUCAAAGAUUUAAAUCCAUGCUUGACACCCUAUUACGCUAAAACAAGAUCCAAGGAAUUUGAGGGAAUUGGAUAUAAUUCUCCUCAACCACAAGAUGAAAGCUUAUCUGAAGACAAAAUGGAGUUUGGAUUCAAUUCUUUCAGUAAGAAAUUUUCCAGAAGUUCUGACUAUUGCCUAAAUUCCAAAACAGGAAACACAUUAAACCGAGCUGCUCGAAGAUCGGACGAAAUUAAAUGCACAUAUGGAAAACAAAAGCACCAUAAACUUUUUUGAAUCAUGUGUAAUUUGCUCUGUUAAUCUCAUCGGUUGUUUUUUUUUAUUGCGUUUAAUUUCUCAAGUUUUGUGGUUCUGCAAACCAUUUUUUUUUUGGUCAGUCAGCAUGUUGUAUAAUGUACAAGACGAACUACGGAAAAAUCCAAGCCUAUACCAUAAUCGAAAGGGCUUGUAUGGUCUUAAAAGUACUUGCUGGUUGUACAUGCUGACCUGAGAAUAAGUUCGAUAUGUUCUUUUCAUAGAAUUAUGCCGCAUUCUGUCACUGAAAAUAAUUUAAAUACUUAUUAUACAUGUUAUCCUGAAACAUUGAUGAUAUUCAAUGCCAAAUCGAUCGUCCUUGC